UGAGCCUUCGAUUUUUGGUGAUUGCCGUACCUAUUUUGGCCAUUUGCGCUGCCCACCCUCACCAAUUAAAAAUGAGCCAACGCAGCAGCAACAGAGAUAUAGAGACCAUGAUCUUAAACAACACCGUUGAAUUGGACAAGCAAGGAGGGACUUUCCGACUCGAUUGGGACUUUGUCUACGAUCAAGAUGCCAACAAUCCGCAGGUGGUGUUGGAAAUGCGCGUCGCAACAAGAGGUUGGUUCAGCCUACGUUUCACAUCGGCCGAUCUUUCGCUGGGCGAUUACUUCUACGGCGCGUACGAUGCCAACCAACCAUCCAACAGUUUCUUCUUGGACAAACAUUGCGAACUGAACAACGGCAGAGGCUGCGAAACUGCGGACGGACCGACAGACGACCUCCGUAACGAUUUCCAGUUGAUAUCGAUCGUCUUUGGAGCUGAUUACACUUUAAUGCGCAUUGCUCGUCUAGUCGACACGGGUCAUUUGCAAGACGUCGUCAUUACGCCCGGCCCGAUGAUGAUUGGUUGGUUCUGGUCGGCUGGCAUUUGGGAAAACGGGCAGCUGACUCCUAUCGACAAAAUGGGAUUUGAUGAUGUCGCCCUCAUUCCUCAAUGAAAACCAAACCAGUCACGAAAAUCAAAUCAUUAUCCUCUUGUGAUUAUAACCUAUUAAGCAGUGAAAAUAGAGACCGCAAUACGUCAAAUACAACUU